CGAGUUCGUACUCGACAAUUUCUAACAAGCAUGCCUAACCAAAAGAGUGCAAUUAACAUCGUCAUGGGCGCCAUGACAUUUGGCGCACCUGGAACAGAGGGUGCCCGCGUUCACGACCUGAAGGAUGUCGAGGCCAUCCUAGACGUGUUUCAGAAACACGGGCAUAUAGAGGUUGAUACGGCUCGCACGUACUGCAGCGGUACGAGCGAAGAGUACCUCGGCAAAAUCGACUGGAAGGGCCGUGGUCUCAAGAUGGAGACCAAAUUGUACCCGAACGUCAGACCCGGCGUCGCGAUCGAUUCCACACGAGAAGCCAUCUCGCACACGCCAGAGAGCUUGCGCAAGAACCUCGAACGCUCUCUGAAAGCUUUGAACACCGACUCACUGGAAAUGUGGUACCUCCAUGGGCCUGACCGGACCACACCAUACGAAGUUACUCUGAAAACUGUCAACGACUUGCACAAAGAAGGCCUCUUCAAGCGGUUUGGCAUCAGCAACUAUGCGGCUUGGGAAGUUGCGGAGAUCGUAGGAAUUUGCCGUGCCAACGGCUAUAUACAACCGACUGCAUACCAAGGAAUCUACAAUGCCAUUCAUCGUGGCGUGGAGCCCGAACUAUUCCCCUGCUUGCGAAAAUUUGGGAUCAGUUUCUAUGAGUUUAACCCUUUGGGCGGAGGCUUCUUCACAGGUCGAUACACCUCCAUUCAAGACCAAGUCGAAGAAGGCGCGCGCUUUGACCCCAACAGAGGUCAAGGAAAGAACUACCGCAGUAGGUACUGGAACGAGCCGUACUUCAAGGCGAUCGAGUCUAUCCGCGCCGUGGCGGAUAAGCAUGGGCUGACGAUGGCCGAGAUCGCGCUACGCUGGAUCUCGCAUCACAGCCUGCUGAAGCGUGCGCACGGCGACGCGAUCCUCAUCGGUGCGUCGAGCUUGAAUCAUAUUGAGCAAAACCUCGUCGAUUUGGAGAAGGGGCCGCUGCCGGACGAAGUCGUGAGCGCUCUAGACGAUGCGUGGUUCUCGGUCAAGCUGUAUGCGACGAACUAUUGGCACUGAGUAUGGAGCCAUGGUCAGAUCUUUAAUUGAAUGUAGCGGCGAGACAUGCAUUUGUAUCGAGAGAGAAAGCAUUUUUAUUUGGUUCUACUAGACUUUGAAUGACGGAAAAAUAAGAGCAGUCAUGUUUCAUCG